CCCGGACGCAUUUCUCAAAUGCACCAAACACUGCACGUGAAUGUAACAACUCUGUUGGUUUGGUUUGGUUUGGCUUGGCUUGGAUCAAUUCGCAAAAACUUGUUUUUAUAGUUGUAGAUAUACAACUAUAUUUUUUGUAAUUUAUUGUUGUUCAAAGGACAACGCCUGUUAGGUCUGAAGGAGUGGUUAAAGACGGGACACUGCCAUGGCUUCUUUAGGUCAACAAGGAGGCGAAGACAGCGAUGAUGGAAUGGACGCGUUCAUGGAUAAAUUUAAAACCCAAAAAUAUAAAAAUGGGUUUAAUGAAAGCACUUGGGAAGAGGAGUUUGACAAGAUUCCCAUGUUCAUGAAGAAAGCUCCGGCGGAUAUUGACCCCGCCUCACACCCAGAUCUGGCAUGCAUUCAGUCCAUUAUUCAUGACGAUGAUCGGACCCCUGAGGAAAAGGCCCAGAGUCUCAAGGCUGAGGGCAACGAGUACUUCAAGGAGAAGAACUAUAAGAGGGCCAUUGUGUCCUACUCCGAGGGACUGAAGAUAAACUGCACUGACUCCGAGCUCCACGUCGUCCUGUACACCAACAGAGCUGCAGCACACUUCCAUCUGGGCAACAUGCGUUCUGCUUUGAAUGACGCUGUUUCAGCCAAGAAACUCAAGCCAAACCACCUCAAGGCUCUGCUGAGAGGUGCCCAGUGUUGCAUGCAGCUGCGUAACUAUGGCGACGCUCUGCAGUGGUGCGACGAGGGUCUGAGUGUUGACCCUACAGAUAAGAAACUACAGGAACUGCGCAGAACCGCCGACAAACAGAAGAGGGAGGCAGAGAGAGACGCCAGGAAAGCCAUGCUGAAAGAAAAGAAGCAGCGUGAGCAGACGGAAGCUCUGCUGGCCGCCAUUAAGGAGCGCGGAGUGAAACUGUUGAGAGUCCAGAAGCCCGCCAGACGAGCCUCGGGCAGCGAGGAUGAGGAGGAGGGUGACGAAGGCCGAGUGGCUGCUGGCGUGGCGGAGCUUGUCCUGGACAGGCUGGUGUCCAAGGAGGCAACGGGGGAGCGCGUCUUCCUGGACGAGAACGGCGCCCUCCACUGGCCAGUGCUGUUCCUGUACCCGGAACAUCGCCAGACAGACUUCAUCUCGGCCUUCUGUGAGACGUCGAAUUUCCUGGAUCACCUGGUGGUCAUGUUUGGAGAAGAACUUCCUGCUUGGGACACAGACAGGAAGUACCUCUUCCAAAACCUUCAGCUGUUCUUUGAGGAGGCUGAAAGUGAGCAGUUCCAUCAGGUGGCCAUGACGACGCCGCUCCUCAAAGUCCUACAGCACAGCAGGUAUACGGUCAAGGACGGUACGCCCUGCUUCAUCGUCAUGGUGACCGGGUCGCCAUUCAGCAAGCAGUUCCUGUCUGGGAAGAAAGUCUAUUGGCUGAAGUGAUGACGUGACCUCAGAGGGACAUUUGAUAGACAGUGGGGCCUUCCAGUAGUACCAAUGAGAGACCGCGCUGUGCAUGGCCCGCCCACUUACAGUGUGUUCAAUGCAGAAAAGAAGGAGAGACAGACUGACUGAUUUACUGACUGAUUUACUGACUGAUUUACUGACUGAUUUACUGACUGAUUUACUGACUGACUGAUUUACAGACUGACUGACUGAUUUACAGACUGAC